GUCCGCGCGCGUUGCUCAGGUAGGUUGCCGGGUAGGAGGCGAGGGGUGCAGGUGGAGGGACUAGGAUGUAGAAGGGAGGAACAGGCCGAGAGUACGGGGCCUGCACUACUGAGCUAAACAUUCACGGAUUCAGUAGCUUACGAGAGGCCUCACGGUUGAGUUUACGGUCGAUUCGCGCUGCCCGUUGGAAACUGAGCUGUUGAGAAGAUAACUGUAAAUUCGCCGAGUGCAGGAAGUGACAGGCGUGUAUGGACCUGGGUACCCUGUACCUAUACGAGUAUCGAUUAAAAAUUCAGUUCGCGAGUGACACUUUGAUCCGAGUGUUGACUGGGCCCUGUUCGGGCUUCCGGCAAUCGGGUUGCUGGACAAUGAACCUGUCAUUUGAUUUGUGAAAAAAAACGUCCACGUGCGAAUCUACUCGCAUUCAGUUUAGAAUUCACUCAUGUAGAUUCUCGAUGAUUGUCCGUGACGUGAAGUAAGGACAAGGUGAUGAAUUUACGAGAUUACAAGUGGAUUUAACAAUUUUGUCGCAAUCUUCUGUCGGCUGACGUCUUUCAAGUACUUUUAAGCAUGACACUCUUGUGAUCGUUACAGACGUGUUUCGCUUUGGGCGUUUUUUUUUUCAUCUCUUGUGUCGCGAGCGAUCUUGACUGUACUCGUAGCGGCGAAGCUCGCUUACCCCACUUCGAUGUAGUGGUAGUGUAAGUGAUAACGUCGUGCAUCGCUCCCAACAUCAGGUCACGAUGCCAAAGAUCUUUCUGAUCAAGAACCGACUGCAUCAGCAGUUGCGGCUGCUGGAGUCGCAACAUACCAGUAAGAGCCCGCCACUUGGCAGCAAGGACAGCCCAUUUGGCAGCUCGGAGCCGCUAAGUCUCAUAGUCAACAAGGACCAAUAUCGCGACAAAACUGAUGAUGACCGUGCAACGACCCCGGAAUCCUUACGCAGUAGCAGUCCGGCACCGUCGCCGCCGCCUACGCCGGCGAGCAACGCGACCAGCCCGCCACCCAGACGAUUCAUCUCCAGCAUCCUCGGCGGUGACGUGCCGUACGGUAGCAGGCGUCACGUGCUCACCCGGGCGGAACGGAAGGAGUACAGCAGCCCGCCGAUAGUCUCGGACGAUCCACCCCAGUUCCUGUCCAAGUCGGAAAGAAUCGCUCCGCCGAGGCCGCAGACGCCGCCGAAAGCGCCCCGAGUCGAGCCACCCACCAGAGUCUCGGUUAUCCAGAGGGUGCCGUCGCAAGGUCAAUCCGCCUCUAGAAAAGAGGGGAACAAGAUCGAGAUCGAGAGAGUCGAUCCGGUGCAAGCACCCGAACCGGAGCAGGAGCAGCCCAUCGACUAUGCGGUUCCGAAGCGGAAAGACGAGGACGAGGAGAAGUGCCGCGAUGGCGCAAUGGCGUCGCGCAGUUCCGGCAAUUCCAUCGCGAGAUCUUUGCUAGCCGUCAAAUUGUCCGGCUCGCACGCGGCAGUGCAGGCAGCCGCGGGGCACGGCAGAUCCUCCAACUCGGGCAACGGCGGUUCCUCCAGCGGUGGCGGCAACGGUGCCAGUAAUUCCUCGUCCAACAGCGGCAUCGGUGGAUGCGGAAACGGAGCGAUGAUCGGCGGUAGCGGAAGCAGCGGCGGCAGCGGCGGCGGCGCCGUGGGUGGCGGCGCGGGCGGAGGCGGGAUGCCUCCCGGGGGUAAUGGAGGUCGCGGCAAUUACGGGCCGAGCUCGCCGCCAACGGGGUCCCUGCCACCGUUCUACGAGUCCCUGAAGGGUGGUAACAAUCUCGCCAACUUCGCCAAUCAGUACAACACCGCCCAAGGAAACGCAUAUCUAACACCACUGACGGCGGUCGGGAUUGAAUGCGAUACUGGUCAGCAGGACAAUUCUCAGCACGCACAGUAUAAUGCGCAGGAGGGCAAACAGUAUUCUCUCCUUCAAAAUGUCUGCGCAAAUGUAUGCGCAUCCUACGGCUUGACGUUCAAAGAAGAAGAGGAGGAGUUGGGAGGUUACAAAAUUCAACCGGAUCUCUUGUCUGGCCAGUACGCCUCCUAUGACGUCACCGACGCGGGUAUGAUGGUAGACAUGGUGACUGGCGCCGUGGUGGAUCCGUUGCAAUUCACCGCCGGUACUCUGACCUUCAACUCACCCUCUGAUCACACGGCAUUACUGGAGAGCCUCAGCGAUGCCGCCGAUCUCUUGUUGCCCAGGUUGCAAACCGAGGACGGAAGUAGCGAUCUUCUAGAAGAAUCAUUGCACUCGCCUGCCUCAACCGGCAGCAGCGGAAUUGGUCAAGAUGCCGGUCAAAUGACCACUCCCGUCGAGCCCAGCGUCGAUCCUUUCCCUGAGCAUAGCAUGGCCUUGACCAGAGGCUUUGACACGAGACAUUACACGACUCCGCAACACUUUAACGCGUCCAAGCUCGCGAGCUUGAAUUAUGCAACCGGAGAAUCGAGUUAUCAGCCAUUGCCGAAGGAACGGCCGGAACUCGCGCUGCAUGUUAAUCAGAAUCAGCAGCAUCAGCAAGAUCAACAGUUGCAAAUUCAAGUGCAACUGCAACAGCAGAAGCAACAAGCUGCCUCGUCGCCGCAUCAACAACAACAGCAGCAGCAGCAGCAGCAUCAAGGUCUUCUAAGCCCCGGAUUGAAUUUUAGUAACGGUUUAGAUUUGGACUCUGGUAGCAGCGUGGGGGGAAGUCUGCCUAGUCCCGGCACUGGCAGCUGUUCUCUGGACGGGGCAUCGUCUGGCACUUCACCGUCAUGUGCGCUAGCAGAACACGCGCACAGUCCAGUCGUAUCACCUACCACAGUCGCAGCGCAAACCACUGGAGCAGUCGGGGAACCACCUCUCUCGCAACGGGUCGGUGUACUUCAACAAAGGCUGGGUUUACCGAAUGACUGUCAGCUAGAAUUUGUUAACGGGGGUCACGGCAUAAAGAAUCCUUUAGCUGUCGAAGGCCAAAGGCAGCCUGGAACCAAUCGAGAUGAAGAAAGAACGAAUCGAACUCCACCUAGCAAGGAUGACGAUCCCAGUCGUUUUACUUGCCGCGUGUGCAGCAAAAACUUUAGCCUUCAGCGGCUUCUUAAUCGUCACAUGAAGUGUCACAGCGAUGUAAAACGUUAUCUUUGCACGUUCUGUGGAAAGGGCUUCAAUGACACUUUCGACCUCAAAAGGCAUACGAGAACACAUACGGGCGUGCGACCUUACAAGUGUUUCCUUUGCGAGAAAAGUUUUACGCAAAGGUGCUCCCUGGAAAGUCACGGUCAGAAGGUUCAUGGCGUUCAACAUCAGUAUGCUUAUAAAGAGCGACGUGCUAAGAUGUACGUUUGCGAGGAAUGCGGACAUACCACGCAUGAGCCGGAAGUGCAUUAUCUUCAUCUGAAGGAACAGCAUCCUUACAGUCCGGCGCUACUAAAGUUCUACGACAAGCGGCACUUCAAGUUCACCAAUAGUAACUUCGCCAAUAUGUUGCUCCAGGGAGGCUUCGAUACUCGAACGAACAAAACAAAAUACACAGCGCGGUAUACAAGAACACGAAAUUGUUCUUGUUGAUGUAACUCUUCAGGGUGGCCUGUUGCAACGGGACUUGCGGAACACGGACAGCUGCAGCCUCGCGGAGCGACGAGAGACAGUCUCAAAGAGCACGGAGGCGACGCACCAACAGACCACGACCAGCUUCUGAAUCCAUCAUCGGCGACCCGGGCGAGUGACGUCAAUCGAUCGGGCUGGAUCUCUUCGAAGUUAGGUCGACGAAGGGAGUGACGUCGCGCGAAAAAGUACCUGCAGGUGGCUCCCAUAGCGGUGACACUGGAACACACAAAUAUCGAAGUCCGAAGGCGAUAGGAUUAAAUCUCUGUGCGAUCAACUAGAUUCCGCCGCCUCAAACCCAUCUAUGGGUAGAGGAAAAAGAUGAGAAGAGGAGGAGAAGGAAAAAUAAGAAAAUAGAGUAAGAGAGUCGCGAUAAUAAUAAGCGAAAUCGAAUGCUUGAUUGUUAUAUUAUAGCUUCUCUUUUACAUUGAAACUUGUAUGAUUAAAUUUAUGCGUUAUUCUUCCUUUCUCUGGAAAUUCUCUAAAAAAGAUGGUACCAAUGAAAAAGAAUAAAUAUUUCAAAAGGAAUAUUAGUAUGCGUAAUGUUCGUCAUAGCGUUCGUGAAAAUUUUUCAUCUAUUGAAACAAUCAAUAUAGAUGACAUAUCGUUUUUAAAUUAUAUAUCGAGCAGAGAAUUUUUUAACGGACUUGUAAACUUGUAACACUACAAAUCUACAAAACAUUUUCGGACAAUGCUCU